GGCUCGAAGAAUGGGGGACGUGAUGUUGGGAUGCCAAAGAGGCAGUUGAGGAUCGGCCAUGGGCUGUGGUGUCUCCCAGCGUGCCGUGGUGGAGGAGGUCCAACGUCGGGAGGCCCCCCGGCCCGUGCGGGAGGCUGCGAGACCGGCAGAGGCUUCUGAGGUCCGCUCGCGGCGCAGAGGAGAUUCCAGGAGUAACAGUGGCGAACGACAGGCUCGGCCUCGGCGUGUGGAAGGCCGUCCGCAGAAUGUCCAGGAUCAUGCCUUCUGCUUCGAGUGCGGCAUUUUUUUCUGCGUGGGCUCUGCGCAAGUUCCGCAAUGUUCUCAGUGUGGCAGUUCCUUCGUGCAAUUCCUGCGGGCGGCGCAGGAUUCGAACUGGAUCACAACUGACAACCCCAUUGCACAAAACUUUGCCUUUGAUGAUCAGCUGGAGAACUCCAUCUCUGCCUCCUUGGCAGAAACACCCAUCCCGAAGAAGCCAACUCAGAAAAGCUUCCUGCAGUCGCUGCAGACCACGCAGCUGGACAAAGCAGAGGUGGAGGUGAGAAGUCGACUGGGACCCUCAGACCCCAGGUCGAAUUGCUCCAUUUGCCGGGAUACCUUCGUGGUGGGUGACGGAGUUCACAAGCUGCCCUGCAACCAUGAGUUCCAUGCUGGCUGCAUCUUGCUGUGGCUGAAGGGCAGCAAUACUUGCCCCAUUUGUCGGCUGCAGCUGCCGGAGGCACAGGAUGGUGAAGAGGAGAUUAGCCUGUCAAAGAGCUGCUCGUCGCCCAACGGCCACGAGGAAUCCGAGAAGGAGGUUCAAUCCCCACGCUCAGACGACGAGGCCGGCGCGCCGCCAUCGGGAAGUGCAGCGGAGGCCGAGAGCGAGACCGGGGAGGGUGACGGCAAGGAUCUGGAGCCGGACGGCGAUGAGACUGUAGGCCCUUGCACUUUGCCGGGUGCUUUGGAGGACCUCGAGGAGGAGUGCCGAGAUAGCGAAGGCGCCAAGGCUGAGAGCCCGAGUUGAGAGAUGGCGCGCGCCAACCGCGCGCGUCGUUCGCACGGCCCGUGGCGAGACGCGACGCCCUUCGAAGUUGGAAGGC